AUUCAGGUUAGAUUUUAGUACCGCUAUUUUAAAGCUGGAAAUUUUCAGAUACGGGUAUACGAUCGGAAGUCAAGAACUGGGGUAAAUAUGACGGAGUAAUACAUGGACAGAGUGAAGAAUUUCUGCUGAAUAUUAUUUAUGAAACAUGAGAAAAUUGAUUGGACAAAACUUAAAAUCACGGAAUGUCUGACAAUUGCCGCGUGUCUGAGGCCCUGUAUGUGGGUCUGUGUGAUUAUAUAGGGACACCGACAGACGUGACCGUCAGGAGGGAGGUGACAGACAUGUAUGAGAUGAUAAACACACAUGUACAGAUAGAUGGUGGUACAUGUAUGAGAAAGAUGGAGAGUGGUAGUUAUAGGGAAGGUUUUAGGUUUAAUUCUUCUGAUUUGGACACGAUGUUCUGGAAUACCAAUAAUAAAGUGAUAACUGACCUAUCACAGUCCAGUGUUAAUGAUCUGUCAAAACAUUCAAUUAUUCUCAUGGAGGACACUGAAACACCACCGGGGUUUGUCAGACUACAACUUCUGACGUUACCACGAGAUAGAUUCAUUGAAUCGUCAGUUGUUCCAUAUAAUGACGGCAUGUAUAUAUCAUGUAUGAGAUGGAGACAAAGAAUGUUGUCUAUGGUUAGAGGAAACAAAGUUUUUAACAAUGCAAAAACCCAUGGUCCUUGUGCAAACGCGUUCAUUGAUGAAAUAGAAACUGACUGUGCUCUUUGUUUUCAAUGUUCCUACUGGUCACGAUUAACCUGUUAUUGGAGAAAAAGAUGUACCCUGCAUAACUGGCCUCCAAAUUACGUGUUUGAUGAUAUUCUUGGGAAUGGUUGUCAUUUGGUGCCUGUCGGAAAUAAAAAUGCCGCCGAUGAAAAUGAACUUGAUUGGAGAUUAUCGUUUUCUCAGGCAGAACAAAAACUAGUGUAUUCUAUGAAUCAUACGCAAUUUCUGUGUUACGGACUUUUGAAAAUAUUUCUAAAGGAAGUCAUCAAUCUUGACAUAGACGAACCAUUCAUGUGUUCAUAUUUUGUGAAGACAACGAUGUUCUGGCUGAUACAAAUAGGACAUAUCACAUGGUGUCCAAAUAACGUAUUGGAUUGUUGCUGGAAAUGUUUUAAAUAUUUGUUACAAAGCGUUCAUCGUGGUGUGUUUCCAAACUUUUUUGUCCCACAGAACAACAUGUUUGCCAGUAAAUUGUCGACCGUUAAUGGUGCGCGCGCACGCAGGUGUCUGUUAGAGCAGCUUAACAUGUAUUACGAAAUGGGCGUGACCUGUUUGUUAAAAAGUACGACGGUCAGAACAAUGAUUGAACCAGUUAUUUGUAACAAUUUUGUCAGAAUAGAACCACUUCUAGGUCAUAUCAAGAGUGCUGCUGAUACCGAUUAUUGUAUCAGUAGUGAAAUAUAUUGGAAAAGUUUUUUACAACAAAACAUAAGGAAAUAUUAUCUAAUGCUGAGGUUAAUAACAGAUUUGAUAAAUCAAUCAUUUACAGAAUAUGAGACAUUAACGUUACAGAAAUGCACGGCAGAUGUUUUAAGUGUAACAGCAUUUAUAAAUCUCAGUACUAGUAGUUCAUCAGAUAAUACAAAUAAGAAAGUCUACCGAUCAGACAGACUUACUAGUAACUUGUUGAAGCUGGCGAGUAGAGUGGGUCAUGUGUCUUGUUUGUUGUAUCUUGGUCUGUAUUACUACAGAACAUGUAGAUAUAGAGAGGCGCUUAAUGUUACAGAUCUGGUUAAAUCAAGACUCACUCAGCCCUAUAUCAUGUAUAACAAAGUAGACCGAGAAAAGUACAAUGAAUGUGGGGCUGGUUGGUCUCUGUCUAAACGUAUGAAGAAAGCUUGGGUAUGUGAUGUUUGUCUUACAAAAGAUGUUCAUUACAUUCAGGAACUUGUUUUAGAACAAAGAGAAGGUGCAGACAACGGUAUGUAUCCCCUGCAAAUUUCACCCUAUGUAAUGGCAGACAUGUUAAGUGUGUUAUGUAACUACAGACUAGGUAACCGGUCCCAGUGUCUACAGUCACUGACAGAACUACAGACACUGCUGCUUUAUGAUGACGGGAGCUAUGUACCUUUAAAUAUCAGAGACCUCUCGUGGCAGAUACUGGGGAUCUGUCAGCACGUUGCGGGGGACCUACACGGGGCGUUACAGUCUUAUCAACAGUCACUGAGACAGAAACCAUUCCACAAAAUAUGGAAUGCUACACAGUGUAGAAUAGCAUUAGUUUUGAAUCAAUGGAAUUAAGUGAAACUGAACGCAUCAAAAACUCUCAUGAUUUUAAUUGUAAAAUAGAAUUGCAUAAAUAAGACUGUAUAUUAAUCUAUCAGCUGAUCCUGUAUUUGAAUUGAUACAAAUUUUUCGGGUGGAUGUCUUGAUUAAAAAAAAUAUAAGGCAGUGAAAAUAUGCAAUUUGCUGAUUGUGUGUAACAUGAUUGUGAGAAACAUGAAAACACGCAGAUAUACCAGGUUUGACAUAAUUAUACUGUGUUUUCAUCAAUAUUCGUUGAGUACCAAUUUUUUGUUGAUUUCGUUAUUAAGUUUAUCCAUGAAAUUAAAUGCUAAUUGAACUGCUAUUUUUACUAACAAUUGAUAGGGCCAUUGGCCACGAAUUUACGUUACUUUGAAACUGUAAUUUUCACCUUAUCCACGAAAAUUGAUACCCUUGAAUAUUAAUGAAACCACAGUAAUAUAACGAUUAUCAGGACUGUUUUUUUUUAUAAUUAGCAAUCUUGUAAUUUUAAGAAAAGUUACUUGGAUGUUCAUAUCAUCAUUCAUGUGCAUUAAUCAAAAAGAAAAGCAGACGAAAUGCCAAAUGAUAAAUAGAUAAAAAGAUAUUAUUUAGGGAAAUAUUGCGUCCUGUUUUAGUUUUUACUCUUUGGGUUAUACCUCUUUCAUUCCACUACUUUUCCAUUGCUUUGAAAUUAAGAUGACAGAUUUAUUUCUCCGUCUUAUCAUCAUAUUAUUUAUUAUGUCCUGCCUGUAUAUCCUACACGUACCUGCUAAAUGUAUGUCAAACUUGAAUAAAUUAGAUAAUAUUGCCACUGUGAAAUCAUGUCAACUGCAUGUGGAAAUGAGCUGU